AUGCCACCAAAGGCUUCAUCGCGUCCUGCUGCUAGUUCACUGGAUAUGGAAGACUUGAUCAAGUAUGAGGGUGGUGUCAAUGCCAUUUCAUGCAAUGUAAAGACUGUUUCUACUUAUCAUGAAUCUACACGACAUGAAUUCAAGUCGCAUGAGCUAUUAACCACUCGUACGGAGCUGCUGGACUGGUAUGACAUGCAUCGCCGAAAACUUCCAUGGCGAGGCGAUCCACCGCCGUAUGUAACGACUGCAAUCCACACGAGCCAAAAGAAAACCAAUAAGAAUGAUGAUGCAGGAAAACAGACAGGUUUAGACGCGUUUCUAAAGGUAUUGGUGAAAGAGGAGCCAGGAGCAGGCAGGACGACGGCGAUGAAGGUAAAACCAUACGAGACGUGGGUAUCGGAGAUUAUGCUGCAACAGACACGCGUCGAUACCGUGGUCGAAUACUUUUUGCGCUGGAUCGACAAGUUUCCCACAGUGGCCGCUCUUGCUAAAUCCAAUGAAGAAGACGUAAACGCCAUGUGGGCAGGACUAGGAUACUACCGGCGUGCUAGGAUGUUGCACGCUGGUGCCAAGUACGUGAUGGAAAAAUAUAAUGGCGAGCUGCCGUCGACAGUUGACCAAUUGCUGACGAUACCAGGGAUUGGACCGUAUACGGCAGGAGCUAUCGCGUCCAUCGCCUUUGACCAACGUGAGCCGCUUGUAGAUGGAAAUGUGAUUCGUGUAAUGGCCCGAAUGCGAGCUGUUGGAGCAGACCCGAAAAAUAAGCAGCUUAUUAAAUUUUCUUGGAAGGCAGCCAGCGAGCUUGUAAGCGGGUGCGAUCGCCCUGGAGCGUUGAACCAGGCACUGAUGGAGCUUGGGGCUACAGUCUGCACAGUUCAAAACCCUCAAUGCUCGGACUGUCCUGUAAAGUCGGUGUGUCUUGCCUUGGAAAAGACAAGUGCUGCUAAGCUCAAGAGCAAAUGUUCUACUGUCUCCCAAGCAUCGGCUGAGGCAUGUUCUAUCUGUGACUAUACACGUGUUACGGAGUGGGAUGAAACGCAGACCGAAGUCACCAAGUAUCCGCUAAAAGCGAAAAAGAACGACGCAAGACAGGAAGUCAUUUGCGUUACAGUAGUUUCGUCGCCAGCCGAUGAUAUCAUACCACGUAAGCGAAAGGCGGCAAAGAGCAUCGAGGACUCUUCUCCGUCUGACUGGAAGUUUUUGAUGGUAAAACGUUCCAAGGAAGGUCUAUUGGCUGGACAAUGGGAGUUUCUUCAUACCAAGAUGAGCGAUGGUGAUCAGAUUCCUCCUUUCUCUAAGCGCAAGACAUUUAUGGAUACUCAACUCACCGAUAUACUUGGCACAUCGGCAUUCUCUCAAUCUAGUAGGUUAAUCAUGGAACGGCAUGAUAUUGGUGAGCUUACGCACAUUUUCUCACAUGUGAAGCACCACAUGGGCAUCGAGCACUUGCAUUUCCAUUCGACACCUGAUGUAAUACCACGAGUUUUCAAGUCUGACAAUAUGCGGUGGAUAACAAUGGACGAGAUGGAGCAAUUAGGUAUUACGACGGGCGAAUGUAUUGCACAAGCCUGUCGUCAACCACAAUGUGGCGCAGUUUAUCUUCAUGUGAAAGCAGAUAAUCUAAGUGCUCGACAUUUUUAUGAAAAAAAUGGGUUUCAAAAUUUACGAUUCUUACAAGAUUACUACAUGAUUGAUGGUGUACGACAUGAUGCGUUCCUGUACAUUUGUUAUGUAAAUGGUGCGACCUCGCAACAAAGCGAUUGGUUCAAUCUAAUUACAAGACCACUUUUUGCACUAUUUUCAAUCGCUUUAUUUGGCUGGAAAAAGAUUGUCGAGGGGUUUACUGCCGAGAAUUUUCGGGACACUACCACCUCUGAAAAACUCGCCCCAAUGACCCUCUCAGCUACUGUCAAAACUGCCGAUCUUGUUCCGCGAUGGAGCUGA